GACUCCUCCCCUGCAGGCACGCUGCUCAGCCGAGGCGCGUCUCUCCAUCCUCAACCGCAAAAGCUCCAUGGGGACACGCACAGUCACACUUUAGCCACUGCUGAUCACCAUCCACUGCAGGCUGUUUUUAUGACUUUCAAACUUUCUCUGGGGUGGAAUAUGAAACAGCUUUUUUUUUUUUUUAAUGGAUUGGUAAUGAGGCAGUAGGAUUAUCAUUAUUUCUACGGUAACGUUAUUAAUUGGACUUUGAUGAGGACUUUGUCCUUGUCUUCUGUCGGAUGAUGGCACAGACACUGUCCAUCAUUCCACUACUGGGCAUUAUUCUGGAAAUCACUUGUUUUGCUGCAGCGGAACUGCGGUUUAUAUCUGAUCCACCGACACUAAAUAUCUAUGGCAUCCAUAGGAUGAACAAAUCUGACAACCUUGAACUAACAUGCAGAGGUCGGCAGAAUUUGAGGUGGACCACACCUGCUAUAAGCACUCGUUACUCUAUCAGUGACUGCAGCGGAUCAGGACUGUUCUGCAAAAGGCUCACAAUCACCAAUUCAACUGUCAAUGAAACUGGACAGUAUCAGUGUUUCUACAUAGGCCUGAAAGCUGAAGAUGGUAAAACCUCAGCAGCAGUUUAUGUGUUUGUUCAAGAUUAUAAGGUGCCAUUUGUGCCAUCUGAAAAGGAAUAUGAGGUGGUGUUUAUCCGUGAAGGGGAGCGAGUGGUAAUACCAUGCCGGGGCUCGGUGGAGAAUCUCAAUGUCACACUAAACAUCAAGUAUCCAGUAAAGGAGUUUCAUCCGGAUGGGAAGGAUUCUGUGUGGGAUGCCAGGACGGGCUUCACUGUUCCCACUCAUCUGAUCAGCUACGCUGGUGUUGUGUCCUGCCAAACUCAUAUUGGAAACGAGACAUUUAAGUCCCCGCUCUACAUUGUGGCUGUUGUUGGAUACAAGAUUUAUGACCUCACCCUGACCCCCAACAAUGUAAGGCUGUCUGUGGGGGAGCAGCUCAUACUGAGAUGCACUGCAUUCACAGAGCUGAAUGUGGGCAUCGAAUUCAACUGGACGCACUCUGGUGGGGCUCUGACUUCGGUCAAUGGUUCAAGGCCGCCCCACACAAUUCCCCACAAGAAGAAGCUGUGGAACUCUCUGGAGCUGUCAAACACGCUGAUCGUGGAGAAUGUGACGGUAGCUCACGGAGGAGAAUUCAUCUGCUCUGCUUCGAGUGGACAGAUGGAGAAAAGCGCUUCAGCAUUUCUUACAGUUUAUGAAAAACCUUUUAUUGAUAUGGAAGAGCCCUGGACAAAGGUGUGGGAGGUAAAUGUGGGAGAACCAUCCACAUACAUCCCCGUGAAGUACUCAGCUUACCCUGAACCCAUCAUUAAAUGGUUUAAAAAUGACCUCCCAUUGAAUGACUACCGAAUAAAACAGAAGAGUGAUGCCCUCGUCAUACGUGAAGUUAAAGAAACAGACGCUGGCAUUUACACAGUUAUCCUGACCAAUAAAAUUACAAAAGAGGAACAGAGGCGCUCUUUCCAGCUGCUGGUCAAUGUUCCUCCUUGUAUCAUAGAGAAGGAGAUGGCAGUGGACAUUGAUGUGUACCUGUACGGCAGCAGCACGACUCUGAGCUGCACCGCUCGUGGAUUUCCCAUACCUACACACAUCCAGUGGGAGUGGAUGUCCAAAGAGGACUGCCCAGAGGCUUUCAUGCAAGUCAACUCUUCAGUGUCAAGACUUGUUAGGUCUGAAUCACAGCUGAAGGAGUGCACAAAUUGGAGAGAUGUCAGCAACAGAACUGGUCACAACCACGUACAACCAAUUAGAACUGACACUGAUCAAGCUCAAAAGAAAAUCACGAGCUCUUUAAAGAUUCAGAAAGCUGAGGCUCAUGCCCUCUACAGAUGCACGGCUGCGAACAAAGUAGGCAAGGAUUCACGUGUCAUCUUUUUCCAUGUAACACGUGGCCUCGAGGUGACUAUGUCUCCCUCUAACAGGCCUUUGGAGGAGGAUCACGUCAUUCUGCGGUGUAAGGCAGACUCGCUGAUCUACGGCAACCUCACCUGGUUUCGUGUGACCAACGUUUCCAAGUCAGAGCAGGGAACAUUGGCGCAGCCUUGUCGCUCACUGACUCUGCAGCCUACUCCACUGUCGCAUGCUGUCCUGACCCCCCAGCCUGGCACCAAUGUGACUCUGGAGCUGUCACUUCGCAAUGCGUCCCAUCAGGACGAGGGCCUGUACGCCUGUCAGGUGGUAAACAUCAUCACUGGGGAGAAAACCUGCCUGCUACACAGUGUUUCUCUCAGAGACCUCGAGGCUCCAAGGAUCCUUAAUAACUUCACUGACCAAAAGGUUAGAGUAAGUUCGACAGUCACUCUCCGCUGUAUGGCUGCUGGGACGCCAAACCCGAUUGUUGCCUGGACCAAAAACAACCACACUGUUGUGGAGAGCUCAGGUGUUACUCUGAAUCAGCAGAACCGUAGUCUGACAAUUCAGCGUGUGACGAAGGAGGACAGUGGUCUGUACACCUGCACUGUGUGUAACAGCCUUGGGUGUGACACAGCACAGGCCUCUUUGAGUACUGAAGGUGCAGAAGAGAAGACUAAUGUGGAGCUGAUUGUUCCUAUUGGGUCAGUGGUCAUCGCUAUGUUUUUCUGGUUACUGAUCGUCUUCGUCAUCCGCGGGAGAAAGAGACCAAAUGGAGUGGAUCUGAAGACCGGCUACCUCUCCAUGAUCCUUGACUCAGAGGAUAUGCCAAUGGAUGAGCAGUGUGAGAGGCUCACCUACGAUGCUAGCAAAUGGGAAUUCCCCCGGGACAGGCUGAAACUUGGUGACCCACUGGGACGAGGGGCAUUUGGCCAGGUGGUAGAAGCAGCUGCAUUCGGCAUUGAGAAAGCGACCACAUGCACCACAGUUGCAGUCAAGAUGCUUAAGGAGGGAGCCACAGCAAGUGAGUACCGCGCCUUGAUGUCAGAGCUGAAAAUUCUCAUCCACAUUGGACAUUAUCUUAAUGUGGUCAACCUGCUGGGAGCCUGCACGAAACCUGGGGGACCGCUGAUGGUUAUUGUUGAAUACUGUAAACAUGGAAAUCUAUCCAGCUACCUUAAGAGCAAGCGCGGAGAGUACAGCCCCUACAAGAGGAAGCGAGUAAAUAGUCAGAGGUGGGUGUCUGCAGAGGAGGAUGUGACUGAAGGGGAUCUGGGUCUGGGGAAGAUUGCCCAGCUGGACAUCUGCACAGGAACAGCGGUCUGUUCUACCACUUCAGACAGGGCUUCAGGCAGCAACAUGGACAUUCAGAAAGAGAGUUCAGAUGAUGACCAUCUAACCAUGGAAGACCUGAUAAGCUACAGUUUCCAGGUGGCCAAAGGAAUGGAGUUUCUGUCUUCCCGCAAGUGCAUUCACAGAGAUCUGGCGGCCAGAAACAUCCUUCUUUCAGAAAACAAUGUGGUGAAGAUUUGUGACUUUGGUCUCGCUAGAGAUGUCUACAAAGACCCGGACUAUGUCCGCAAAGGAGACGCACGUCUCCCUCUAAAGUGGAUGGCUCCUGAGACCAUAUUUGACCGCGUAUACACCACGCAAAGUGAUGUUUGGUCCUUUGGCGUCCUUCUCUGGGAGAUCUUUUCCUUGGGGGCUUCUCCUUAUCCGGGUGUUUGCAUUGAUGAAUCAUUCUGCAGGAGGCUUAAGGAAGGUACCAGGAUGAGACCACCCGAAUAUGCCACCACUGAGAUAUACCAGACCAUGUUGGACUGCUGGCUGAAUCGUCCCACAGACAGGCCAACAUUUACCGAACUGGUUGAACACCUGGGAAACCUGCUACAGGCUAGUGCCCAGCAGGAUGGGAAGGACUAUAUACCUUUGACAGUAGGUGAAGCAGAAGAAUGCCAAGCAGCCCCUGACCCCAGGAGACCACAUAGCAGGCCUCAAAGUGGCGAAAUUCCUGAAGCCCGGCUUAACUAUGACAACCCAUCAUCCCUUGGGUUGUCCCAACAGAAUGAGAGGUGCAGUCGUCCCCUCAGUGUGAAGACAUUUGAAGACGUCCCUGUGGCGCACAGCAGUGUCAUGGAGGGUCACACAGACAGUGGCAUGGACUUCUCACCAGAGGAGAUGAAGGGUCUGAAUCAACAUCUACCAACCACACCCAACUUAAGCCAACUGUUGCGGUGCAAGAGUAAAGAGUCUCUGGGUUCGGAGUCAUCCAAUCAGACGAGUGGAUAUCAGUCAGGGUACCACUCUGACGACGCAGACACCCCAAUAUAUGCCAACGAGGAAAUCAUCAUGAAGCACAAAAUGCUGAAGAAGCCUCCUCUUCCCAAGACGCCGGACAAAUUCAACAUGGAGAUCCGCUACAGCACGCCACCAGUCUGACCCCAUUUUUUCCCCGCAGUCGUUUCACUGUACAGUAUUCAUUUACUCUCUGCGGGUAUUUCACACAAGGAACGAUACAAGUAAUAGAACUUCACGUGUUAACUGUGGAGCUGAGAUAUUUUCACAAGCAAUAAUGUAAUUAUUCAGCAGAGAAAAAUGAAGGUUGUAUGAUAAGUUUGUAAGUGCAGCUCUCUUUGGACAGCCGGAGAAAUGCUAUCGUGUUUACUCAGCGAAUAAAAAAAACCCAAAAUGUCUAAGGUGCCCAAAUGUGAAGGAAUGCCUACUUCCUGAGGCACAAUCCACCCACUUCCUUUACUACAGGAAAUGGCAUCUGGAAUUUUUAGAUAAUUGAACCAGCAAAUAUUUUCUUUCACUCUUUUAUCCUUUUUUAUUGGUGGCACAUUGAAUGGCUGAUAAGGAGGCAGUUCUCUGAUAUCGAUAUUUUUAGAGUAUUAUUUGUACAGUUUCUUUAUUCACAUUACUUGCAUUAUUUUAUUGAAAAAACAUUAGUAAAAUGGCAUUAAAUGUAAGUAGUUUCAUAAAAUAAAAAUAAUCAUAGAUGAAAGCUCUUCUCGUGUGUUGUUAUUUGUUUCCUUUAAAUCACUUAUCACUUAUUGUUCAUCCCACUAUGAUAAUUCGUGAGUGUGUUUGUCUGUUUCUUUGUGUCAUACAUGUCAUUUCCUUUCUGCGUCAAAGCAAACAAUGUUUUCCCAGCCUUGGUCAUUUAUUGUUCAUGUGUGUGGGUGUGCUAUCGGAACAAUGCCCUUCUGCUUUUUCUUUGGUGUAUUCAGGUCUCAGUGCCCAUAAUAACAACCAAGGUCACUGUGGCCACAAACACAUUUAAAGUGCAUAUUAUUAAAGCAGGUUUGCAGGCUAAUGGCAACGGUUGUAUUCCACACUUUACUCUGAAUGUUAUCAUCUUCCUGGGUUGUUAUAUGUAUUUUUAAAUAGCUAAUGUUUUUAAGCCUUGUUGCUGCAGUUACUGAGGUGGGGUUUAAAAGCUGAGUGGGUGAUGAAUGAAUGGGAUGCAUGACAACAAAACAUAUUUUGUCUACAAUCAAGGACAACAAGCCCAGCUAAUUAUAGCAUAGACUGGAGGAAACGAUACUGUCUCCAUGGAGUUGUUUCCAAACUUUAAAGCGGUUAUAUUGUAGUUAAAUUUAGAAUGUCCUCCCAAGUGCUGCCAGAGGAGGCCAGAGGAUAGUCCAAUGCAGAUUUACUGAAAAUGACAAAUUAGAAUUUUUAAACCUAAUUUGUGUAAUGCAUAUUCUAACUGAGAUCUGAUCAAAGGCACCAAUAAAGCAAACCUUAUUCAUAUUAAAGAAAAGUAUUGACUGUAUAGGAAUUAAGCACAAGUUGCAUUAACCUCAUUCUAUUAACUAUAAGUGAGCAACAGCGCCCUCUGUUGUGGAAAUGAUAUAGCUACACCCCCCCCGGCAAAAAAAAAAAAUAAAAAAAUAAAAAAAAUACAGUAGAUUAGAUACACCACCAAUUAAUUAUAUGAAAAAGAACGUUGCUGGAACAUUUAAAAGACUGAACAAAAUUUAUAUCUGCAACAAAUAAAUGACAGCUGUCCACUGCAGGAAUUUGGAGCAGUUUCCUCAGGAAUGGAUAAGCAGGCCAAAGACAGAGCUCUGCACGGGCAGGAAAUACCUUGGCAUUCACAAACAGACUGCUUGUGAACAUCAUCUCGUGUUACACCCCCAACAAACCAGACUGCCAGCUCACCAAAUGUACCCAGACAUAAGAGAAAACACAUGCAGACAGACAUCCUUCCCCAGCAUUAAUGCUUGAAUUAUGCUGUAAUAAAGUUACAGGAAGAGUGCAGAUGUGAAAUGGCUAAAGAUGGUAUUCUGAAACAUAGACAGAGUCUGAAAGGUGUAGCCAAUGUGGAAGUGCUGUAAACCUGCAUUCUUUUAUGGCCAACAGAAAGAUGUGGGAAGAAUGAUCUCUGACUUCUAUAAACAUUCUUCGAGGGAGUUUAUCAUUUUAAACACUAGUUUCAAGAGUUCUUUGCAAUAUGAUAUUCAUUUGAUCAAAACAAAAAAAGAAAAACUUAAUAAAUUUUUUUUAAAGUAGCUUGUCUGAUGGCCCUCCACUCCUCAGUGGUUCUUUGCGCUUCUCUCAUCUGUCCUCUUUUUGCUUUCUCUCUCUCAGUAUGUUUGUGUGAGUGUGUGUGAGUGUGUUUGAGUUUGUGUAUCUAACCACACCCUUUUCUUGCAGGGGCGAAAUAGCUUUUGGUUUCCUGCUGUUUGUUUCUACACACCUGAGGCUAAUAAGCAAUCCUGUUUGUCAUCAGGUGAUUGUCUCACCACUAUUUUGAUUUGAUAGUCAACGCCUUCUGUUGUUGACUGAGUUUUAAGCUAUGUUAGUAAUACUGGCUCCUCAUGUGGUAAGUGUGAUCUGGUUUUGCACCUUGCCUGCAACUUACCAGUUUUCUCCUCUGCAUAGAACACCUGGUUUUGCCCUUGUGAGAGAGAAAAUUCUGGUAAAGUAUCUGUGGAGGAGAUUUCUGACUUGGACCUGAAGCCAAGUGGAGCCUGGACCUUUACUGUUGGAAUCACCUCUCAAUGUUGUAAAUUAAGUCGCUGAAACUGAUCUCUCAGAGUCCUGUGUUUGGGUCCAGUCUGCACAUUAGUUAUGACAGAGUGUGCUUACCAUUGGACUGACAAGUUUCUAGGCAUGUAUGCAGUGUUGCACAUCGUGGACACACAGGCAUCUUGUUUUAGUGACACAAAACAAUAAUUUUUUUAAAUGAUGAUUUUAGGUGUGUUACGUGCCUGCAGGCUGCAUGUUUUCUUUCCCUCUCCUUUUGUUUGCCGUUCCCUUAGGUCGCAGACUGCAGGCUGAUGUCAAUCUGGGGACGUCCAACUAAUUAGAGGAGGGAGGCCCUGAUUGGACAAUCCAGGAGUGCACACCUUGAUAAGGAGACUCACCUGUGGCUGGGUGCGGCUCUCUUCCCUCCUUUGAAUUGUUUGGUACAUGUGAUGUUUCGCUGCUGUCCUUCUUUUGUUUGAUGAUUGUGGUGGGAGUAAAGUGGACUAGCUAAGUUUUGGUUUUGUCUUUUUGGCACAACCUAACUGUCCCUUUCUCCCCCACAUUUGUUGUUUGAAUCUGGGUCAUUUAAUGUGUGAGAGCGCUGCCAUUAAACCUUUUUCAUAACACCUGUACAGAGUUUCCGGAGUUGUUGUGUUAUCCCCUCCUGCCCUCGAGGAGACUUAACAAG